AAUCAGAACAAUUUAACUCGACGUUUGUUAAUUGUGAGUCCAGUUUUCGUUUUUCUCCACAUCAGUUAGUUGGAUUUUCCUUUUAAUUUGAUUAAAUUUUUUUGUGUAAAUAAAUUAAAUUUAAUGAGUUACUUUUUUUUACCUUUACAAAUUAAAAAAUGAUUAAUUGUUACAAUUUAAUUCCUUGAUUACUUUUCAUAUCUUUGGAAACUUUUUAAUGUUCUCGUGCCUUUUUCCAUAUCAAUUAACCAUAAUUAAUAUUUAUAUUUGGCGAGGAUUUAACUUUAAUUAUCUUAAUUGUCACCGGUUUCAUUGUUUACAUCAAUAUGACAACAACAAUUAAAACUAAAACAUUUGAACAGUUAAUUGUUACUAUUGGUUUAUUGUGUUGUAUAUCAUUUUACCUGAGUGAUAAUCAAAUCCUAUGGAAUAAGAAACAACAAUCAACUGAUCAUCAUCUAGUCAAUUCACAAUUUAGACUAUUAACUUUACCAUUAUCAUCAAAUGAGUGUGUUAAUUGUAAUCAUCGGAGUAAAAGAUCAACAUAUAAAUCACCAGCAAUUUCAUCAUCAGGUUUGGGGGCUGUUCGUGAUUCCGAUCGAUUCACUGCUUUUUCUUUAUUACCUUCGGCUGCUAAUCGGUCAGUUUUCAUUUGUCCAGAAAAAUUUGGUUACUUUCCUGAUAAACGUGAUUGUACCAAAUAUUUUGUCUGUGUUUUUGGUGAACCUCUUCACGAAAGUUGUACGGGUGGACUUUACUUUUCCGCUGAACUGCAAACAUGUGACUGGCCGAGAAAUGUUCAAUGUCCAAAUGAGAAGAAAAAUUAUGAGAAAUCGGUUUUCAGUACAGUUGAUAUUGGAACUGGUGAUGAUCCUUUUGAUUAUGAUGUUCGUACCCCACCCAAUCAAAUUGGUAAAUUAAAUGAUGACGAUGAUGAUGACGAUAGAGAUUCUAAACCGAAUGGAAUCAAUGCCAAUUACAAUAAAAUUAUAAUCAAAACUCACAAUUCAUCAAUCGUCCGACCCAUUGAACAUUAUGUCGUGGACAAAGAGAUUCCCGAUUAUACAAUUGUUGAUGAACAACCAAUCAAUUUAAAUCCGAGCAACAACAACAACAACAACAGAUCAACUGUUUCUCCAUCACCUCAACCAACACCUUCACCUUUAACCCAGCCAAUUUCCUCUUCGUUUCCCUCUCCUCUAUCCGAUGGCGGACGUAACAAUAUUGAUUUCGAGAUAAACUCUCAACCCAAGAUUUCACUGAAUCGUGAUUCAACUCCGGGAAUAGAUUAUCUGACCGAUGGGUUACCUUUACCAAGUCCAACUCCAGUUUCUCGACCUUCAAUAAUUUACUCGGUUGAUUUGAAUGGUUCAACUCACCCUGAGAAAUCACCAAGCGGUUCAUCAGCUGAAUCCUUGACUCGAGAAACUGAGAUUCAAUCCAAUCGUUACCAAGAAAAACAUGGAAAUAAGAUAAACCUUGAAUUUGACCCUCAAGCACCAAAUUAUGCUGAGGCCAUUCCUCCUGUCGUUGAUAGUAAGGGUGGAAUCCAUUUCUCUGAUGGAGUCGGUGGUACUUUCGGUAUCGUUGAUCAACUUCCAGGUCUUCUAAGUCCCAGUGUUUCGGAUCACAGUGUAAAUGUUUUCGUUAAACCAUUGACAACUGAUUCUGAUAAAGGUAACUCACGAUAUCGGGAGUCACGUUUACUUAAGGAUAAUGUGGACUCUGGUUAUGAAUAUAUUCCAGUUAUUGCUCCUGAAAAGUUCACACUUCGUAGUAAUCCAUUGUUUAAGCUCACCCAUGGCCUUGGUGAUAAAAUGCUUCGUUCUCGAGGUCGAUCAGCAUCUAGACCAAAUGAACAAGUUACAGGCAAUUUACUUUCGGCUGUUGGAUCACAAGUUAAACCCAUGGAUUCUGAGAUUGAUUUUAACAUAAAUGAAAAUGUUACUCGAACCGCGGGAAUUUCAGGAAUAACAAUAAAUUCAAAAGAGGAACAAUCUCAUUCCAAUAGAAAUGAGAAUGUUGAAAAAAAUCGACCUGAGAUUAUGGGUCAACUACUUCGUAAAGAGGGUAACGAGGAAUUUGUUCUUGUACCAUUUGCUUUUGGUGAUGGUCGACGUCGUAAUCGUGGACGAGUUCGAGUUGUACCGAAAAUUGUUUCCAAGAACAAAUUGAAUCAAGUUAAAAUGAUGAAUAAAAAUGGUAAAAUGUUACCAGGAUUCAUUGAGGCCAAAACUGAUGGAUCGGUUAUUGUCCGUGCCAAACCUAUUAUUGACCUACCAAUCGAAAUGAAUAAAUACUCUUCACCUUCACCUUCCAUUUCCACUCCACCCGAGCAACAACUCAAUUCACCUCAUCGAUUAGGAGACUCAGUUUACUCAGUUAAACCAACACCACCUCAACUGAGCUCCUUCCCGAAUACUUUAAUUCAACCAUUGACUGUACCACCCUCGAAUCAGGAAGUUAAUUUAAUGUCCUUGCCAUUGACGAACACAAAUUCAGCCGACAAUUCAGCGAUAAAUGUUCAAUGGAACAAAGGAAAAAUUGAAAUCACCGAUUCUUAUUCAAAUGGUGAAAAUUUCAUCGCCUCUUUAUUGUCAAAUGACAAGAGGAUUGUUAAUCUUGAUGGAAAUCAUUUAAAUUCAAAUAACGGACUGUCCGAUGAAAGAUUGACCUCACCUCCAAUAAGAGACAAUAAUCAUGAUUCUGAUGGAUCAACUGUCAAAAGUACCACAACCAACGGUAUCAGAACAACAACUUCCACCUCAACAACCACUUCCACAACCACAACGACAACGACAACACCUUCGCCCAUUUCAAUAGAGCCAUUUGUUACCAAUACUCCGUUUGUUGGUAAAAUUAUACGUACUUUAAGGCCACAAACCGUUUACUCUGAGCCAGUGAAAAUAAUGACUGAAAAUUUAUCAUCUACUCGAAAACCAGAUAAACAAAUUGCUUCAUACACAAGACCAAAAGUUGAAGAUGAGCUUACAUGGCCUGAAGAUGGAUUCUUACCAAACAAAGAGCCUUCAAAUUCACUAACUAACGGGCGUCAACAAUCAACACCAAGAUCAACCCCGAAAAGUUACCCUGUAGACUCAACCUCGAUACCAACACCUUACCAAUCAUCUAUCUCUAGUACACCAACAACUACAACACCCUCUCCAAAAUCUCAUUCCGCUCCUUCUCCGUCACCAACAUUUGCCUCUUCAAUUUCAACCGAUUCAGAGACAACAUUCGGUCCUCGAACUCGUGGUCCAGUUACCCGAAAGCAAAGACCAACAAACAAACGUCUUGUUGUUAAACAACGAACUACAAUAGCACCUAUCCCACCAUCUCGCCCUGCAAGUGUUUACCCAACACCCCAACCAUUAACGUCAGCAACUAAAUGUGAUCCUCGAAAAUGUCGUCUUCCUGAUUGCAAUUGCGGUGGACCUGCAAUACCAGGUGGACUAACUCUAGAAGAGACUCCGCAAAUUGUAUUAUUAACCUUCGACGACGCGGUUAACGAUUUAAAUUGGGAAUUGUACGAGGAAAUCUUCAACAGCGGUCGCUUGAAUCCAAAUGGAUGUCCAAUCUUGGGGACCUUUUAUACCUCCCACGAAUGGACAGAUUAUGGUCAAGUUCAAACACUUUAUUCAAGAGGUCACGAAUUUGCUUCUCACACUGUAACUCAUAGUUUCGGUGAAAAAUUUUCUAAAAGCCAAUGGCACAAAGAGGUCAAUGGUCAACGGGAAUUAUUACAUUUAUACGGCGGUGUCCGUCUAGAAGAUAUAAGGGGAAUGCGAGCGCCAUUUUUACAGAGGGGUAAUCGCAUGUUUGAAAUGCUCCAUGAAGAUAAUUUCACCUACGAUUCAUCGAUGCCCGUCUUUGAUAAUCGACCUCCAUUCUGGCCUUACACUUUGGACUAUUCACUUAAUCACGAUUGUAUGAUUAGUCCAUGUCCAACUAAAUCAUUUCCCGGUGUUUGGGAAGUUGGAAUGGUGAUGUGGGAAGACCUCAAGGGCGGGAGAUGCUCCAUGGCGGAUUCAUGUUCCAAUCCUUCAGACGAAGAGGGUGUUUAUGAAAUGCUAUUGAAGAACUUCAAUCGCCACUACAGCACAAAUCGAGCUCCGUUUGGACUAUUUUACCAUUCGGCCUGGUUUAACACCAAUCACCAUCGAAGAGGAUUCAUGAAAUUCAUCGAUACCAUUUUAUCCCAUAAAAAUGUUUACCUGUUAACCAAUUGGCAGUUAAUUGAAUGGAUCAGAAAUCCAACUCCAUUGUCAACAAUUAAAUCAUUUCAACCUUGGUCAUGUGAUAAUUUGACCUCCGAGAGACCUGGACCUUGUCACCAUCCCAAUGUUUGUAAUGUCCGGUAUCAAAGUGGAACCCGUUUCAUGAAGACAUGUCAACCCUGUCCAGAUAGGUACCCCUGGGUGGGUGGAACCUCAAACAAUUUAAAUUAAACCAUAUAAAUAGCUUGUUAAUCAUUUAAUCAAAUCCUUUGCCAUCCUUAACCAUCCUCAUCUUCAUCAAGUUUCAACCACCAUUUUAAAAGUUAUUUUUACCUUUACAAUGAUUAUUAUUCAAUUGUUAAAUACAAAGAUAAUAAUUACAAUUUUAAAUUUUAAA